ACUCUAUUCCCUCCCAACAAAAAUGGAAGACCAUCAAUUGGAAUUACAACUUCUUCCUACACAAAACACAAUAACCUCCCAAUCGCGUGCCUCAUCAUGGUCUACCAACUCGACAAAGUAUCUAUACAGCGACGUACAAUAUCAUUCAAACAUUGCAAGUCCAUCGUUAGACCUGCAAUUAUCCAACAGUAGUUUCCAGUCAGUUAGGCCGUCAGAAAACAAUAAUGAUCAUAGAGGCUCAACAAAUUCAUUGAAAUGGCAAAUAGCGAAUCAAAAUAGAAUGGAGUCGAUGGAGAAGGCGUAUGUGGAGCGAGUUAGAGAGAUGACUCAACGAGAGAUGGAGUUGGCACGAUCAGAAAUGUCAUGUGCAAGACAUAUGUGGGAGAGGGCACAAGAGGAGGUCGAGAGGGCCGAGAAAAUGAAAGAAAAAGCAACACGUUGGAUUGAUUCGACUUGUAUGGAAAUAACUUGUCAAGCAUGCAAACAAACUUUUCGACCAUAGUUGGUUUUAACAUUAAUUUAAGAACAUCAAAUAAUUAGUAAAGCUUGAUCUUCAACAAUUUGCUGUUAAUUCAAUUCCAAUAUUUACUGUGAGUUCAUAAGUUUGGAGCUAAUCAUAUAAUCAAAAGUUCAAAUCAAAA